GAUAAUCAGAUUUUACAACGCAUUAUCUGUGAUAAUCAGUUUGCUUCUCUUAGUAAUAUAACAGAUAGUUUAAGUUCUAGACUUAAUACCACACUUCAUUAUAAUACUGUUAGAAAAUACAUUUAUAAUGAAAGUUUGGAUUUGAAUGAUGCAAAGAAAAAUGUAAAUGGAAAGAGGAAUAGAAGCAAGCGGUAUAAUCAGAUGAGUCCAGAUUGUAUUCAACCUACAGUUAAAUUUGAUGGAGAAUCAAUAAUGUUUUGGGGUUGUUUUGGUUGGCAUAAAGUUAGACCUUUGGUUGUAGUAGAAGGAAGUAUGAAUUCUGAUGAUUAUAUUAAUAUUCUUUCUAACUCUUUCAUCCCUUGGAUUAGUAAUUAUCCCAGUUAUAUUUUCAGUAAGAUGAAGCAUCCUGUCAUACAUCUUCGUAUAGUAUUUGGUUAA